AUGUAUGUAUAUAUAGCGGACUUGCACUUUGACAACAUUUGCACUCCAUCCUCUUUACAAAAUUUUACAAAGCAUGGCGGCAAGGUCAAGAGCCCAGAUGGAAGUGCUUCGGAGUCAGGUCCAAAGGAGACGAAGGACUCCGAUCAACAGCAAGCAAGUGAAGCUGACGCCGGUCCAGAGAUUGUUCAGGCUGCAGAACCGGAGCAAGAGGCGGCGGCAAGCAUAGUCGAGUCUGUCCUGGACGAUGUGCAGGUGUUGAGCACAGAGCGAGCCAGCGCUUCGGACUCCGGUGCAGAUGUUCAGGUCAAGAGCCCAGAUGAAAGUGCUUCGGAGUCAGGUCCAAAGGAGACGAAGGACUCCGAUCAACAGCAAGCAAGUGAAGCUGACGCCGGUCCAGAGAUUGUUCAGGCUGCAGCAGAACCGGAGCAAGACGCGGCGGCAAGCAUAGUAGAGUCUGUCCUGGACGAUGUGCAGGCUUCCGAGUUGCAACAAAUAGCUGCAGAACCAAAGCCGGCUGCCCUGAAGGUUUUGCCUCAAAGUGAACCAGUUCAGCAAGAUGAGGAGGAGGAAGAGGAGGGAGUCAUGGAAGUCUGGGAGGAAUCUGAAGGUGGACAUGAAAGCUUUGACGGCAGUGACGCUGGAUGGUAGGAACAUGUACAAACAGAAUUUUAACUUUGCCUGUUCCAGCAUGGCAUGCUUGUGAUAUAUCAAUAUCAUCUCAAAGAGAUGAAAACACAGUAGAAGAUCAAAUUGUCAAAUUAAGAUCGGUUGUCCAGUUGUGCAAUUUAGAAGCUGUGGGGUUUCAGUGGAUGGUUGCAAAGAUCGUUUACCAAGUUGUGG